CUUUUUCUUCGAGCCUUGCCGGUUCGGUUUGACAGACCCUCUCCCCAACCAACAGAGCGUUCAUGAAUGGGGAACUGUGAGUGUAUCUGAUAUUGUUGAGGGGAGUGCAAGGAAGAGGGGAAGAAAAAACAAAAUAUUUUGUUCACGAUCUUCUUUCUUUGAUUGUUUUUUCCGGUGUUUAGAAAAACAAUAAAAACUUUUGGAUUGGGAGGGACCUGAAAGUAAAAAAAAAUUCACACUUGUAGUAAAUUGACUGGUCUUUCCCCUUAACCCCGAUGGCGGUCCCGAAAGUGUUAUGUUCUGCAGUUCUUUUCUCAUGUUUCGUAGUUUUCGGGACAUUUGGAGCAUCUCACCAUCAGCAUGACCCCGACCUCAUAUUCGACGAGUUGAACAGCAUCCAGGCGGACAGCAACUACCUGUCCAAUUCCAUCAACCCUUUGUCUAGUCCGCUGAAAUUGUCGUCUGAAGACAGGAAGCACCAUAAACACCACCAGCACAAAAAGAGGAAGAAGACUCACAACAGCAGUAGCCGAUUGGGGUCUUUGUUCGAUGACGAGGACUUCUACAGGGACGCAGAGGAUGGUCCAUCUGGAGAAGACAUUUUCGUUCACAGCGGGGAUGGAGCUUCGCCCAUAGAACCUCCUUAUGUGGACAAGACUACUUCCGAAGAUGGGCCGUUUUAUUUUAGAAUCACUCUUACAAUUACAAAUUUAAAUUACUCACCUGAACUUGGCCAAAAGACUUCACCUGAAUUUAAAAGAGUUGCUGAAGAAUUAAUUUUAGCAUUAGAAGCUCUUUACAGAACAAUACCUGGUCAACAAGCUGUCACUGUUAUUUCAUUCCGGCCAACUCAAUCAGUUCUAGUCACAUUAGAUGUUGGCUCCUUGGGGAAUAGUGACAGAUCUAGUAUAGAAAAAGUGAUAAAAGAAGCUAUUCUUUCGGGUAACAUUGGAAGGUACAGAGUAUCGGCUGAUAACUUUUCAAUCAGAGGAUUUGGAGCUCCAGCACAGCCACUUCCUCCAUCUGAAGAAUGUCCAAGGGAUCAGUUAAGUUGUACAUCUGGAGAAUGUAUAAGCAUAUUAAAAAGAUGUGAUGGACAUGAAGAUUGUCGAGAUGGUUCUGAUGAACUUGGAUGUCACGGGACACAAACUUCGAAUAUUAUACCAAAUGCUGAUGGCGGUUGUCGUAGCGACAACCAAAUGAUUUGUGAAGAUGGAACUUGCAUUGAUACCAUUCGGGUGUGUGAUGGAGUGAGAGAUUGUUCAUUUGGAGAAGAUGAGCAAAAUUGUGGUAUCACUACUUGCCCACCUGGUGAGUUUCAAUGUGAUGGCUCUAGGUGUGUUGAUGAGCGAAGGAAAUGCGAUGGUAGGCCUGAUUGUGCUGAUGGAUUUGAUGAAAGUGAUUGUCAAGAAACUCCUAGGACUGUGGCAUGCCGUGCUGAUGAGUUUAGAUGUGGGGAUGGGCAGUGUAUUCAAUCUAGUUUGAGAUGUGAUAGGAAAUACGAUUGUCAAGAUGGUUCAGAUGAGGUGUCUUGUGAACCUAAAGUAUGUCAACCGGAUGAAUUCCGCUGCGGAGAUGGACAGUGCAUCAAAGAGCAGCUGAGAUGUGAUCGCAGAUAUGAUUGCCAAGAUGGAUCAGAUGAAUUAUCUUGUGAACCUGGCAGAGAAAGAACUUGCCAGGCAAAUGAGUUCCGUUGUAGCAAUGGGCAGUGCAUUGACAGUAGUCUUAAAUGUGAUAGGAAGUAUGACUGUCAGGAUGGUACAGACGAAUUAUCGUGUGAACCGAAAGCUUGCCAAUCAAAUGAGUUUAGGUGUAGUAAUGGACAAUGUAUUGAUAGUAGUCUUAAAUGUGAUAGAAAAUAUGAUUGUGAAGAUGGUACAGAUGAAUUAUCAUGUGAACCCAAAACAUGUCAGGCAAAUGAGUUCCGUUGCGGAAAUGGACAGUGUAUUGAUAUUAGCCUUAAAUGCGACAGGAAAUAUGAUUGUCAGGAUGGUACAGAUGAGUUAUCAUGUGAAACUAGUAGAGAAAGAGCAUGCCAACCAAAUGAAUUCCGCUGUAGCAAUGGGCAGUGUAUUGAUGACAAACUUAGAUGUGACAGGAAAUAUGAUUGCCAAGAUGGUACUGAUGAAUUAUCAUGCGAGCCAAAAGCUUGUCAGCCAAAUGAGUUUAGGUGCAGUAAUGGACAAUGUAUUGAUAGUAAUCUUAAGUGUGACCGAAAAUAUGAUUGUCAAGAUGGAACAGAUGAGUUGUCUUGUGAACCAAAAGCUUGUCAACCAGAUGAAUUUAGGUGCAGCAACGGACAAUGUAUUGAUAGGAGUCUUAAAUGUGAUCGGAAGUAUGAUUGUCAAGAUGGAACAGAUGAGUUAUCUUGUGAACCAAAAUCUUGUCAACCAGAUGAAUUUAGAUGCAGCAAUGGACAAUGUAUUGAUAGUAGUCUUAAAUGUGACCGAAAAUAUGAUUGUCAGGAUGGAACAGAUGAGUUAUCUUGUGAGCCCAAAGCUUGUCAGCCAAACGAAUUUAGGUGCAGUAAUGGUCAAUGUAUUGAUAGUAAUCUUAAGUGUGAUCGCAAGUAUGACUGUCAAGAUGGAACAGAUGAGUUAUCAUGUGAACCCAAAGCUUGCCAACCAGAUGAAUUUAGAUGUGGUAAUGGACAAUGUAUUGAUAGUAGCCUUAAGUGUGAUCGAAAGUAUGACUGUCAGGAUGGCACAGAUGAGUUAACGUGUGAACCAAAAGCAUGUCAAGCGGAUGAAUUUAGAUGCAGUAAUGGACAGUGUAUUGAUAGUAGUCUUAAAUGCGAUAGAAAAUAUGAUUGUCAAGAUGGCACUGAUGAGCUAUCAUGUGAAACUAGUAGAGAGAGAGCAUGUCGACCAGAUGAGUUCCGUUGUGGAAAUGGACAGUGCAUUGACAGUAGCCUUAAAUGUGACCGAAAAUAUGAUUGUCAAGAUGGCACUGAUGAAUUAACAUGUGGUGAAGCCCAAACAUGUGGGAGAGAUGAAUUCCGAUGCUCAGAUGGACAAUGCAUUAAAAGUUCACUUAAAUGCGACAGAAAAUAUGACUGUAGAGAUGGGUCUGAUGAAUUAUCAUGUGGUGAACCUGAUAUUCCCGUGUGCAAGGGCGAUGAAUUUCAGUGCAGUACUGGCGAGUGUAUCAAGUUUUUCCAAAGAUGUGAUAUGGUUGUCGAUUGUCCCAAUAGUGAGGAUGAAAGUUUCUGUCAGGAAAUUGAAUGUGCUCCUGAUGAAUUUCAUUGUAAUGAUAAGACUUGUAUUGAGAGUUAUCAGAGAUGUGAUGGAAAACCUGAUUGCCCGGACAAAUCUGACGAAAUGAACUGCACUGGAGUUGUUUGCCCUCCUGGUUCCUUCCGGUGUGAUAAUGGCAGUUGUAUUGAUUUGGUCUAUAGAUGUGAUGGGCGUAAUGAUUGCCCAGAUAGGUCUGGCGCUGAUGAGAAAGGUUGCCCUUGCACUUCAUCACAAUGGCAGUGUGACUUUGGACAGUGUUUGGAUCGUAGCAAAUUGUGUGAUGGCAUUGUAGACUGUCCAGAUGAUAAUUCAGACGAAAGAGAUUGUGGCAUUCCAGGUUGCUCUCCUGAUAAGUUCCGUUGUAGUGAUGGCACCUGUAUUCCUGCAGAAAACAAAUGCAAUGGUCGUCGAGAAUGUAGAGAUGGAUCUGAUGAAAGAAACUGCCCUUGCCCAUCUGAUAAAUUUAUGUGCGAGAACAAAUUCUGUAUUGAUUUAAGAAGACGAUGCGAUGGAUAUAGUGACUGUCAAGAUAGUUCUGAUGAGAAAGAUUGUCCUGGUGAAUGUGAAGCAGGUCAAUUUAGAUGUGCUGAUGGUAAAAGUUGUAUUCCAGCAUCUGCUCAUUGUGAUAGGAAGUAUGACUGUCAAGAUGGUUCAGAUGAAAUAGACUGCCGUAGGCCUACCACUCAGUGUCGUUUUGAUCAGUAUCGAUGCAGUGACGGCAUGUGCUUGAAUAUUGCUCAGAGAUGCGAUGGUAACAUAGAUUGCUCUGGAGGAGAAGAUGAAUCUGGUUGUGGAACCUGCCCUGAAAAUCAAUUCCGUUGUAGUGAUGGCUCUUGCAUCAACAUCAAAAUGAGAUGCAAUGGUGCAUUUGAUUGUAGAGAUGGCUCGGAUGAAAAUAACUGUGAAAUCAAGCCUGUAUGCCGUAUUACGGACUUUACGUGUCGGGAUGGAACUUGUGUUAAUCAGACUAUCAAAUGUGAUGGUAUUGUGCAUUGUCAAGAUGGCGAUGAUGAAAGCAUUUGUAGCCGUUGUGGUGUUGGUGAAUAUGUAUGCAACAAUGGUCAAUGUAUUGAAUCAAGGCAGAGGUGUGAUGGUCGAAGUCAUUGCCCCAAUGGAGAAGAUGAAGCUGAUUGUCCAGUUGAGUGUCAGCCAGGUCAGUUCCGAUGUAAAAAUGGACAGUGCAUUGAUGAAAGGCGAAAAUGUGAUGGAAGAUCAGAUUGUGCUGAUAGUUCGGAUGAGCUGGACUGUGGAGUUUGUAAACCUGGAGAUGUGAUUUGUCGAGACGGUAGCUGUGUAGAUGUUUCAAAACGCUGUGAUGGUAAUAGAGAUUGUAGUGAAGGCAUUGAUGAAGAAAAUUGUGAAUGUCAGGCAAAUGAAUUUAGAUGUGGUGAGGGAACAUGUAUUAGUGAAAGGAGGAGAUGUGAUGGUUACCCUGAUUGUAGAGAUCGAUCGGAUGAAGCUAACUGUGAAAAAUGUGCUGAAAACAUGUUUAGAUGUGGUGAUGGAACUUGCAUUGACUUAAGACGGCGUUGUGACAGCAGGCGAGAUUGUUUUGACAAUUCGGAUGAAGAAAAUUGUGAGGCUAAAACUUGCAGUCCUGAAGAAUUCAGGUGUAAUAAUGGUGAAUGCAUUGCCAGCUCGCUUAAAUGUGAUAGGAAAUAUGAUUGCAGAGAUGGAUCUGAUGAGUUUAGUUGUGAGCCAAAAGCUUGCCAACCUGAUGAAUUCAGGUGUAGUGAUGGUCAAUGUAUUCAGAGCAGUCUGAAAUGUAAUAGACAAUAUGAUUGUAGGGAUGGGUCUGAUGAAUUAGAUUGUGCGUCUGUGACAUGUAGUGCUAAUCAAUUCCGCUGUCGUAGUGGAGAAUGUAUUGAUAUUGCUCUAAAAUGUGAUCGAAAGUAUGAUUGUAGGGAUGGCACUGAUGAGUUUAAUUGUGUCGCUGAAGCAUGCAGAGCUAAUCAGUUUCGUUGUACAAAUGGUCAGUGCAUAGAUUCAAGCUUGAAAUGUGAUCGAAAAUAUGAUUGUUCUGAUGGUUCAGAUGAAACUAGCUGUGCUCGUUGUCAACCAUCCGAGUUCCAGUGUGGAGAUGGAUCUUGUGUAGAAUCCCAAGUACGUUGUGAUGGUCGUAACGACUGCCCUGAUCGCUCUGAUGAAAAGGAUUGUGGUUGUACACCUACACAAUACCAGUGCAACAAUGGUGAAUGUGUGGAUAGUAGAUCACGUUGUGAUGGUAUACCCGAUUGUAAUGAUGGAUCUGAUGAGAGAGACUGCCAGGAAUGUGAUACUGAUGAGUUUAGGUGUGGGGAUGGCAAAUGUAUCUAUGACAUAUUCCGAUGUGAUGGCUUAUAUGAUUGUGCAGAUUAUUCUGAUGAACAGGAAUGUGAAACUCGGCUUUGCCGACCUUCUCAAUUUCGCUGUGUGACUGGUUUAUGUAUUGAUAGAGCAAAAUACUGUGAUGGCCUGCCUGAUUGUCCUGACAGAUCUGAUGAAUUGGAUUGUCGGGCCUGUCAGGCUGGAGGUUAUGUUUGUGCAAAUGGACAGUGUAUUGAGCGUUACCAAAGAUGUGAUGGUACCUUUGAUUGCAGUGAUUAUUCUGAUGAAUCUGAUUGUGCACCUGAAGGAGGAAUCAACAUCAAGGUAUAUCCUGAAAGGCAGAGUAUCAGACAAGGACGAGAGGUGGUAUUCCGUUGCCGUGAUGAAGGUACUCGUAGGUCUCCUGUGAAAUGGACUCGAGCUGAUAAUCUGGCUAUGCCUCCUGGUUACACUGACAGAAAUGGUCGUCUUACCAUUCCCAACAUUCAACCAGAACACAGUGGUGUCUACAUAUGUACUUCAGCUGGCCCAUCACGAGGAACAACAUCAAGUGCACAAAAAGCUGCAUUCCUCUCUGUUCAACCAUAUGUACCUCCCACUUCUCGACCAACACGACCACCAGGAGCCUGCUCUAGAACCGAAGCCACAUGUCAAAAUGGUGAGUGUAUCCCCAGGGCUUAUGCUUGUGAUGGAGACUUUGAUUGUACAGACAGAUCUGAUGAACAGAAUUGUGAUUACCAGCACCAGUGUCAACCUAAUGAAUUUCAAUGUGAUAAUAAGAAGUGCGUUCUUAAAGUAUGGCGUUGUGAUGGUGAUAAUGACUGCGGUGAUAACAGUGAUGAGAAAUCUUGCAGCCCUAACCCUGCUGGCUCACCUUGUCGUUAUGAUGAAUACCGUUGUUUGUCUGGUGACCAGUGCAUACCUAAGAGCUUCCAAUGUGAUGGCGAAUUUGAUUGUCAAGAUAAAUCAGAUGAAAUUGGCUGUGCUUCCCCUACUAUUACACAACCACCACCUGAGACAUUGACUGUAGAAGAAGGAGAAACAGUGACUAUUAUUUGUAGUGCAGUUGGUAAUCCAACACCUAUAAUCAGUUGGAGAUUGAACUGGGGAAAUAUACCUUCUGGACCUCGUGUAUCUGUUUCAAGUGAAAAUGGAAGAGGAACUGUCACCGUUAGAGAAGCUAGGCAAACAGACCAGGGUGCAUGGAGUUGUGAAGCUAUCAACAGUAAAGACAGUGUACUAGCUAUACCCGAUACUAUUUUAGUAGUGAAGCCUAAAGCUGGAGUAUGUCGACCUCCUCUUUUCAAUGAAAAAGCUUCUGUGUCUUCUGACUGCUUGAGAUGUUUCUGCUUUAGUGUCACAGAAACAUGCUACAGUAGCAGUCUACAUGUCAUUAAAGUUCCUCUUCAAACUGAAAUUGCUAUUGUUGCAUUACAAAAAGAUGGUAGAGGUAAUUAUGAGGAUGUUGGUCAGAGGUAUACACCAAAUCAAAAUGCUAUUCAGUAUAAUUCUGCAAACAGAGAAUACAAAGUUGAAGCACAUGUACGUAAUGAUGCUCCUCGAGAUGUAUAUCAUUAUUGGAGUCUACCACCAGAAUUUUUAGGAAACCAGUUGAACAGCUAUGGAGGCUACAUUCGCUACAUGUUUAGAUACUCGGCGCCUUUCCCAAGAAGCACUCCAAAUAUAGCUGAUAUUAUACUAAAAGGAAAUGAUUUGACUUUGUAUCAUGUUAUGAAACAACCAUUUGGACCUCAACGAGAUAACAGUGUUGAAGUUCGUUUCUGGGAGGGUGAAUGGCACAAAAGUGAAGCUCAAGGUCGUGGUGAUGUUUCUUUCGGUGAUGUGACAACUCGGCAAGAUAUUAUGAUGGUCCUUCAAAAUAUUGAAGCAUUUUAUGUCCGUGCUACAUACGAUGAUGAAAUGAUACAUUCCAGUAUUCUCAACUUCCAAAUGGAUUCAGCAUCUCUUUCUGAUCCAUCUGCUCCUCAAGCAGUGUUUGUUGAAAAAUGUUCUUGCCCUCAAGGUUAUACUGGAAAUUCUUGUGAAGAAUGUGCCGAAGGAUACUCUAGAAGAAAGACUGGCUCAGGACUCGGAGAUUGUGUACCAUCUAGGGUUCCUUGCAAUUGUCAUGGCCAUUCCAGUUUAUGUGAUCCAGUGUCUGGGGAAUGCUUGAAUUGUCGACAUAAUUCAGAAGGUCGGCAAUGCGAGCGUUGCAGGAGAGGUUAUUUUGGAGACGCAAGGCGUGGCACCCCUGAAGAUUGUCAACCAUGCCCUUGUCCAUUGAUUACCACCCCUAACCAGUUCUCACCAACUUGUGUACUUGAUACUGAUGGACAAGUGACGUGCGAUGCUUGUCCUAUUGGCUAUGAAGGCAGAAGGUGUGAAAGAUGUGGGCCAGGUUAUGAUGGCAAUCCUAAUAUUCCAGGUGGCAGUUGCAGAGUGCAUGGUGGUUUGCAAUGUGACCCUGUUGGAAGCUUAACUCCUGAUCCUAGUCGAACAACAGGAUUGUGUCAGUGCAAGUCAUAUGUGACUGGAGCCCGUUGUGAUCAGUGUAAACCUCACACAUUCUAUUUGAAUUCUGAAUCUCCACUUGGCUGCAUUGAUUGCUUUUGCAUGGGCAUUACCGAAACAUGUUCAAGUAGUACUUGGUAUAGAGAUGAAAUUAUUUUAAGUUUUACAAGCAGUUCUCAAGGUGUGACUCUUACGAACAUUCUAAGAAGCUAUAAUAUCAAUCAAAAUUUACAAGUGGACUCUCGAAAUCGAGAAUUGGUGUUUAGAAAUUUUGCCACUCAACCAGCACAGACGUAUUAUUGGAAAAUGCCACCUUCAUUUUUGGGAGAUAAAGUCACAGCUUAUGGAGGAAGACUUAAUUAUACAGUUAUGUAUGUGCCAGGAAGUCGAGCCGAUCCAAAUCUGGAUCCUGAUGUACAGAUCAUGGGAAAUGGCAUUGUCCUAGUAUAUAGACAUCCAGAAUUGAUCCGACCAUCAUCUUUACAUUCUAUUUCCAUUCCAAUGUAUGAGACAUCAUGGCUGCGUUCAGAUGGACAACCUGCUACCAGAGAGCAUUUACUAAUGACCUUAGCUGAUUUAGAUGCCAUAUUGAUAAAGGCAACUUAUACUGGAGGAACAACAUCUGCAAGUCUAGCUGAUGUGUCAUUCACCAUUGCGGUUGACCGACCUACAGAUGGGCCUAGAGCUCUUGCUGUGGAACAGUGCAGAUGCCCAAUUGGUUACUCUGGAUUAUCUUGUGAAGACUGUGAUGCUGGUUAUACAAGAUCUGGUGCUGGCCUUUAUCUUGGUUUGUGUGAACCUUGCUUCUGCAACAGUCAUUCCAGUGAUUGUGAUCCUGAAACAGGAAUAUGCAGGAAUUGCCAACAUAAUACUGGUGGUGACUUCUGUGAAGAAUGUUUGAAUGGAUAUGUUGGAGAUGCCAGUGGAGGAACACCAAAUGAUUGCCAGCCAGCUAUCGAACCAACUUGUCAAUGUGAUUCACGAGGAAGCUUAGGUUUAGAAUGUGACUAUCGUAAUAAUUGUCCUUGCAAGCCAAAUGUUCAAGGAAGGAACUGUAAUCAAUGCAAAGAAGGCUUCUUCAAUUUAGAAUCUCGUAAUCCAGAAGGUUGUGCUCCUUGUUUCUGUUUUGGAGUGACACAGCAGUGUAGUAGUAGCUCUUAUUACAGAAGUCAGAUUGCUAUGCGACUGGAAGAUCUGGCUGAUCCUUACAACCAUAACUUCCAGUUAACAUCCAGAUUCAGAACUCGAACUAUUACUGAAGGCAUUAUAGUCAAUCCAAGUCAGAAUGAAGUUAGCUUUACAUCCUUCCCUCGCGAGCCAGAACAGACAGAAACUUUAUUCUGGUCUCUGCCUGCACAGUUUUUGGGCAACAAGCUUGCUUCAUAUGGCGGUAAACUAAAAUAUACUCAGCAAUAUUUAGCUGGAGAUGGAGGUGAUCUGUAUGCUGAUGCUGAUGUAGAAAUGACCGGUAAUGGAAUAUCAGUAUUUUAUGUUAACAUUCCAACCUUGAAUCCUCAAGAAAUCAGAACAUUUGAAAUAGAAUUGAGAGAGACCAACUGGCAGAGAGUUGAUUCCCGAGGGCCAACAUCUGCAACUAGAGAAGAUUUCAUGAAGGUUUUAGCCAAUGUUGAAGCUCUUUUAAUCCGUGCUUCAUUCCAUAAUAGAAUGCAUCAAACCCUUUUAAGAGAUGUGCAAAUGGACACUUCCGUUCCACAAAGCACUGGCCAAAGCUUAGCCACAGAAGUAGAACAAUGUGUCUGCCCACCUGGAUAUAUUGGAUUAUCUUGUGAAGAAUGUGCCCCUGGCUAUAUUCGUGAUGCAAGUGGACCUGGCCUUGGACGAUGUACUAGAUGCAACUGCAAUGGCCAUUCUGAGUCAUGUGAUGCUACAACUGGAAGCUGUGUGCGCUGUCGACAUAAUACUGUUGGUGAGAGCUGUGAACGAUGUGCUGAUGGAUUUUAUGGCGAUGCAACUCGUGGAACUCCUGAGGACUGUAAACCAUGCCCAUGUCCAUUAACUACUCCUCCUAAUCAGUUUUCACCAACAUGUUUCCUUGAUAAUGAUGGCCAGCCUACUUGCAAUGCUUGUCCACCUGGAUAUGUUGGACGUAACUGUGAAAAGUGUGCAUCUGGUUAUAGAGGUACUCCUGUGCAACCUGGCGGUCGAUGUGAGCCUACAGGAGGAUUUGUGCUUGAUGUUAAUGUCCAACCAUCUGUACUUGUGAAAAACUCUGGAGAGUUGGCUGUAAUUCACUGCCUAAUUACUAGCACCGUUCCGUAUCGAGUGGUUUGGCUUCAAAACAAUGACACCAUUUUUGAUACUAGAUCUGGAGCUAGAAUCAAAAAUACUGAUACUGAGAGUACUUUGUCUAUACCUAAUGUCAACAAACAACACCAAGGAUUGUACACUUGUCGAGCCAUUGCUAAGAACAGAAGUAUCCAGAAAGUUUCCAAGCUGAUCGUUUUGGGUGUCAGCCCAACCAUACGUGUUAGAGUUGAAGAACCACGUACUCAGCGUCUCCCAGUUGGUGCAACUGUAACGUUUAGAUGUACUGGAGUCAGCCAAGUUAGUGAUGUAACAUAUACUCUAGUCUGGACCAAAGAAGGUGCAGCAAUGCCUGCACAAGCUACUGAAGCCAGUGGUGUAUUAACUAUUCCCAAUGUGAGACCUGAAGAUACUGGAACUUAUAUCUGCACUGGAUCUGACCUUACUAGUGUUGCACAAGAUAGAGCAACUCUCUUAGUUGAAGGCACUGGAAGACCCACACCACCUCGUGUAACUAUUGAGCCACAUUACCAAGAAGUUAAAGUUGGAGAUCCUGUAGAAUUCCGUUGCAUUGCUGAAGGCUUCCCUGAACCUCAACUUCGAUGGACUGGAGGACGAAACAACCAAAUAAAUCCUCAGGCAACUUUUGUUGCUGGUUUCUUCCGAAUUCCUUCUGCAAGAAAGAGUGAUGAAGCAGAAUAUUUCUGUUCAGCUACCAAUUCUGCAGGUUCAGAAUCGAUGAGAACAGUUCUACUUGUCCGAGGAGAAGACACUGCUACAGGGGAAGAGCCACAACUGACCAUCACUCCUUCAACUUAUGAAGCCCAAAGAUUGGAAACUGUUGUAUUCCAGUGUCGUGUGACAGCAACUCCAACUCCCUCUAUCACAUGGUCUUUCUCAGGUGGUCAGUUACCUGAAGACAGCAGCCAAGUUGGUGGUGUUUUAACUUUACCAAGAGUCACAGAAAACCAUCAAGGUGUGUAUGUAUGUACAGCUAGUAAUGUACAUGGAACAGCUCAAGCACAAGCUCGUUUGUUGAUUGGCUCACGACGUAGUCCACCUACAGCACGUGUAGAACCCGAGAGACAAACUAUAAUGCAAGGUUCUUCAGGUGAAUUGAGAUGCAUUGUUGGUGGUAUUCCCAGACCAACUGUUACUUGGAGUAAAGUGGGAGCUGAUUUAUCAAAUCGUCAUAGGAUUCAAGAUGACAAUCUGUACAUUUCUGAUGUGACUGUUGAAGAUAGAGGCUUAUAUGUAUGCAGAGCAGAAAAUAGAGAUGGAUCAGCCCAGGCUUCUGCUAUUGUUGAAGUUGAACGACGUGAAGUACCAGCAAUUGAACUCUACCCUGAAGCUACACAGACUGUGAUCCGAGGUGGUAGUUCAUUAUUCCAGUGUCGUGUGACAGCUGGUAUACCUACUCCUUCUGUUGAAUGGGUCAGAGCAGAUGGUAGUCCUUUCACAAGCAGUACAGAGAUCUUGAAUGGUGGUGUGAUAAGAUUUAACAGAGUUACAGGAGAUGAAGAAGGUACCUACAUAUGCACUGCUGAAAACUCUGGAGGUCGAGUUACUGCUCAAGCUGUUCUCCGAAUCCAAGGUGCUCCAACUGUAAAGAUUACUCAAGCCAAUCCUUAUCGUGUAAGACCUGGUGAAACUGUUAGGUUUGAAUGCUUAUCUGAAGGUGACCCAAGACCUAAUGUAUCGUGGAGAAAACUUCGUCACCCCUUGGUUUCCUACGCUGCAGCUGAAGAGUCCAUCGAUGGAAAAGCUCUUUUGGAGAUUCGUAGGGUAUCUCAGAGUGACUCUGGUGUGUAUAUUUGCUCAGCACGUAACUCAGCAGGUGUUACUGAGGAGCGCAUUCAACUCAUUGUUGAAGAAGUUGACAGUGUGGUACCUGAAGUCAUGGUUGAGGACAGAGUAACAACAGCAACAGUAAACAGCAGUGUGGAAUUGCGAUGCUUUGUCAGAGGUACUGACCGAGACCUCUACUUGAAAUGGACUAGAACUGAUGGUGGACAAAUACCAGCUAAUCACAGGCUACAAGAUGGUGUUUUGUUUAUACCAAAUGUUCAACCAGAGGAUGCAGGCGAAUAUUCCUGCUUGGGAAUUGUCGAAGGGGAUGUUGUUCUUUUCACAGCUAGAGCAAGGUUGGCUGUUGUUGCUCCACCACGAAUUCAGUUGAACCCACCUAGGCAAACAGCCAGACCAGGAGACAUUGUACGAAUCCAGUGUUCAGCCAUUGGAGAUCAACCCAUUUCCAUUGACUGGAGCCGUAUUGGUGGAUAUUUAUCUCCCAGUAUGGUGCAAGCUGGAGGUGUUUUGACUUUCCAGGGCAUCACAUCCAAUGAUGCUGGAAGGUAUUUGUGCACCGCCGCUAAUGCUGCUGGAAAAGCUGAAGGAGUAGCUGAAGUAAUUGUUAAUGAAGACACUCCAGUUGAUUAUGUUCGGAAGGAAGAAACUGCAUUUGUCGGUUCAAACAUUCAACUGAAAUGUGCGGUUUCUGGCUCUCCUGCACCUCAGUUGGAUUGGAGUAAGGAUGGAGGAUCCCUGCCAGACAAUGCAAGAGUUAUCAAUAAUGAAUUGUGGUUGCGAGAUGUUCGUAUGGAAAACGCUGGUCGUUACAUUUGUACAGCUACAAAUAGUGCUGGUCGAACUAGAGACUAUGUGAUUUUGAAUGUGAGAGCUGUCCCAACACUGGAAGUGAAAAUUGAAUCUAAUAAAGAAGUUGUCAAUAUGGGUGAUACUUUGGACUUGAGAUGCAAAGUGACUGGUGAUGCUUCAGCUAGAAUUUCAUGGUAUAAGGUGGCUCAGGAAGGGCCUCUUCCGGAGAAUGUACGGAUUAGAGGACCAAUUUUAGUCAUUAAUGGAGUUAGGCCAGAAAAUGGAGGUGUAUAUAGAUGUAGUGUUGAAAGCUAUGCUGGAACAUUUACUGAUGAUUAUGUACUUGCUAUGCAAGUUCCUCCAACUUUAACACCUGAUCUAGUUGAGACUCGAACUGCACCUUUUGGCUCAACUGUUGUUAUGGAUUGCAAAACAACCCUGGAUCCACCUGUUGCCUAUACCUGGUACAAACAAGGCGGUGUUUUGCCAACUGAAGCUACUGUUAAUGGAGGACAACUGACUAUUCCUGAUGUGAAAGGAGAAGAUGCUGGAACAUAUAUCUGUACUGCUAGAAGUCAUGUGGGAACUAUAGAUGUGCCCACAAUUUUGAUUGUGACAGGUGUUGUACCAUACUUCGCACAAACUCCUUUGUCUUAUAUGAGAAUGCCAACUCUGUCUGAUGCUUAUUUGAGUUUUGAAGUUGAAUUAGCAUUCAAACCAGAGAGCAUGAAUGGACUUCUACUAUACAAUGGACAAAAACAAGAACAGGGUGAUUUCAUAGCUCUUGUGUUGAAUAAUGGUUAUGUGGAAUUCAGGUUCGAACUUGGAUCUGGCCCUGCCAUCAUUAGAAGCAACGAACCUGUAGAGAUGAGGAAAUGGCACACAGUUCAAAUCAGACGAGAGAGAAAAGAUGGUAAAAAUAUAUACAAUGGAUUUUUGAAAGUGGAUGAUCAACCAGAAGUAACGGGAUCAGCACAAGGACGAUUUUUGGGUCUUGAUUUGGUACAGCCUAUGUACAUUGGUUCUGUUCCUGACUUUGGUCUUAUUGAGUCAAAUGCUGGAGCUUCUAGAGGAUUUAUUGGCUGCAUCAGCCAUUAUAAAACAGGAAAAGUAGUACAUAACUUGCUGAGAGAAGCUGAAUCUUAUGGCAUUUCUACCUGUGAAACUUGUUCAUCUAAUCCAUGUCUUCAUGGAGGUGUAUGUCAAGAAGCAUUGACCAUGGUUGGAUACAACUGCAUUUGUCCACCUGGUUUCUCUGGACGAGACUGUGAGAAGGUUGGUGAAGCUUGCUAUCCUGGAGUCUGCGGAGAAGGGCGUUGUAUCAACAAACCUGGUGGUGGAUUUGAUUGUUUCUGUCCAUUAGGAAGAACUGGAGUACGUUGUGAAAAAGACAUUGUCAUUGUCGAGCCAGCAUUUGCUGAUGAUGCAUACAUUGCUUACCCUACCCCCAAUGCACUGACAACUUUGAAACUGAAUAUGAAAGUCAAACCAAGAACAUUGGACGAUUGUUUGAUUGCUUAUUGUGGACAGCAUGAGGAUGGAACUGGCGAUUUCACAUCAAUUGCUAUUAGAAAUAACAGUGUGGAGUUCAGAUUUGACAUGGGAUCAGGUGCAGCAAUUAUCCGCAGUCCAGAACCAAUCUUGAAGGAUGAGUGGUUGAGUAUUGUAGCUGAAAGAGACAUGCGAGAAGGUUCUUUGAUUGUUAAUGAUGGUAUUGCUUCUAAAGGAAUGUCUCCUGGGGUAACACGAGGCUUGAACUUGCAUACACCUUUCUACAUCGGAUCUGUGGACAAACAUAGAGUAUCUGUUUCUCCAUAUGCAGAAGUUCAGCAUGGCUUUGAUGGAUGUAUUGCUCAUGUUGAAGUGAAUGGAGUGGAAGUAGAUUUGGUAAACUCGGCAAUUGAUGCAUCCAAUGUGGAAGACUGUGGAAGUAGGACUCCAUGUGAGAAAAAUCCAUGCUUAAAUGAUGGAAUUUGUAUUGAAGAAGAAGGAUCCCCUGAAGGUUAUGUUUGUGAAUGUCAAGAAGGUUACAGAGGGAAAAAUUGUGAAAUCGAAACUGAUUUGUGCAGCCUAAUUGAUCCUUGCAAGAAUGGAGGUACAUGCAUUGGCUCUGGCAAUUCCUAUGAAUGCAGCUGUCCACUUCGAUUCAAAGGCACAAAUUGUGAAGAAGCAUCUGUAUUUGAUGAGAGAGCACACUUUGAAGGCAAUGGCUACUUGUCUUUGGACAACGAACUUCUUCCUCAUACUGCCACAACAAAGGAUGAAGUGGUCAGUUUUGCUUUCACUACCACCAGCUUGGAAGGUCUUCUCCUUUUCCACGGUCAGAAACCAGAUACAGAUGGUAAAGGUCAGGAUUAUCUGGCAGCUGCUAUUAUUGAUGGUUACUUAGAGUUCAGUUAUGAACUUGGUAGUGGCCCUGCUCAAAUCAAAUCACCUGUUAAAGUCAAUGAUGGAAAAGUUCACAAUGUUAUCCUAAAAAGAACUGGACGUCAUGGUAGUUUAGAAUUAGAUGGCGUGCAUCAACAGUUUGGAGAAUCUAAAGGAAUUUUACAAAUGCUCAAUACAGAUGGUGAUAUCUAUAUUGGUGGUGUGCCCAAUCAUCAGUUAAUGACAGCUGGCAAGUAUCCUCAAGGCCUGAUUGGUUGCUUAUGGAAUUUACAGAUUGAUGAUUCCGGGCCUCUUAAUUUAUAUGAUAGUGCCAAGAAUGGAGCAAAUGUUCAAGAUUGUGACAACUAUGAAGCAAGUGGUGAAUUCUUGGAAGAAUUAGAAGGUAGAAUUGUACAGAAAUAACUGUAGGUAAAAACUUCUAGCCAGCUAAAUGCUAAAAGAAAUGGACAAGUUCGAACAUAAACUUUCUUUUGAAAGAAAUUUUGUAUAGACAACAUUUAGUGGCUAUUCUUUCUAAAACUCUCUUCAUGUUUGAAGCGUCAACUCCCAAUUCGCUCCGCAUACUCAAAGCUGCUAUGCAAAAAAGGACCACAGUGUGCUAGAUGAAAAAAAUUCAUGCUGCACAUCUCCAGUUAUUAAUUACAUAGCAUAUUUCUAUAAAUAUACCAUUCACAAAGUGAAAUCAAUUGUUUGUUUACUUUUAUGUUUUGAAACUUAUACUUUAAGCCAACUUAAUUUUUUUGGUACAAAUACAUUUAUAAAUCUCAAUGAAGGUUAUUGCAUGAUGUUUUUUUUUUCUCAAGUAUUAUUGUUACAUUUUCGUUCUUAUUGAAUCAUAUGUCACUGCCAUGAUAUAUUUCUUUAUUUCAUUGUUGACACCAAGUGUGUUGUUUGUCUGUCACAUUGACAUGGUGCUAUGUAUGACAGUUUGCUUUUAAAGGUGCAGCUAAGCAAAGAUGAAAAAAUUGCAGCUCAUCUCUCGGCAAUGCUCUGUUAUGUUGUGUAGUCGGAAGGGUCUACAUGUUGUAAAUGUUUUUUUGAACAUUGUUAUAAAUAAAAAUUUUGUCUUUUUUUUUUCUUUCUUUUUCCCAGUGAUAAGUUUAACACUGCUGUUUAAUUGAAAUGUGUUUAUGUUGUCUGAAACUGAAAAAAAAAAGCGAACAAUCUGUAAUAAAUUUCUCUAUACUCUGAUGUUCUUCUGCCUCAAUGGUUUUUGUGUAAAUUGUGCGUGUCUGCAACAAUCACGUUGACUACACUGUGAAAACUUUAUUUAAAAGGUCUGAAAUAAAGUUAACUUUAUUUAA